AACUAAAUAUGAGCAUUGAAACCUUUAUUGAUUGCUUAGAAGCACCCAUCGACGAAUUGUGAAGAGGCAAGAAGGAAAUGUGCUUCUCUCAGAACAAAAGCCAUUUCAUUAAGUUUGGGAAAAAUAAGAGGGAAGUUCACUUCAAAGGCUUCAGUACCCAUUCAAAACUUGUAGGAACCGUAGUAUCUGAUGGCCCGAUUGAAUCUGAUAACGCUGUGUUUUACUUUGAGGUUACCAUUUCAAAGUUAAGUCAAAGAAAAGGAAUUAUCAGUGUGGGAAUCUGUGAUAGUGAUCAUCCAGAGAAUUCUGAGUUAGGAAGUACAAGAAAAUCAUAUUGUCUGAGAACGGACGGUAAAAUCUAUACCAACAAAUGCAACGGAAUAGACUUUUGUCCCAAAAUCCAAGAAAAAGAUACUAUCGGCUGUGGGAUAAUAUUCUCUGAAGAGACCAUCUUCUUCACUGUUAAUGGAAGACUAAUUAAGAAGGAUGCAUUCAGACUGCCACAUGACCCCUCUAUUGAAAGAAGAGCAGCAGUGAGCUUCACCAAUGCUCACUGCUCUAUCAAAGCUAAUUUCGGAAAGAAGAAUUUCAAAUUUGGAAUAGAAGAUAUGCUCAGUGGUCACUACAAAGAGGUUUAUGAACAAAUAAAUCAAAUUAAGAUCGACCCUAAAAAUGCCUUCGAUCUCGUUCAUGAGUACCUCAUUCACUCAGGCUUCGUUGGCACUCUCAAGGCUUUUGAAGAGGAAUCAGCAUUUGAACUGAUCAAAAAGGAAAAACAAGAGGAACAAAAGGACGAAUUUGCAGCUAUGGCUAAUAUUUCUGCAAGUGUAGAAAAACCGAGGAAAAAGACCCUCGGACCAGAAAAUUUGAAGUUCAACAGUAAGAACUUUUCCACCUCGAAUAAGGACGAACCAGUUGGGAAAUCAGAAAGAAAGGCUUCACAAAGUCCUCCUGAAAAAGUGGAGGAACAAGAGAAAGAGGAUGAUAAUAUGAACGACCAAAACCCUGAAGAAGAGGUAAAGGACAACAAAGAAGAGCAAAAAGAUGAAAAAGAGCCUGAGAACAACCCUGAAGCAAAGGAUGUUGAAAUGGAGUCAUGUGACCUACAUAAAGACAAUAACCAACCCAAAGAGCCUACUAGGGUUCCAGGAGAAGAAGAGGAGGAAGUUAUUGAUACAACUACUAAGAACAAAGAUGCUGAAAUGGGAGAAAGUGCCCGCCAUAGAAAUAUUCCAGAUAAAUCCCUUGUCUCAAAUGAUGCAGGAGAAUCAGAACUCUCUGAGCCUUUUGAGAUAGAUCCUUUCUUUGGUAAAACUGUGAGCUUGGAUAUCCUUAGGUCUCUUCCUUCCUCGAGGCAAAGAGCUGGUAGAAGCGAGAGUAUUCAUAACCCCAUCCUGACAGAUUUCUGGAAAACUUUCAACGAAAAUGGUGAAGACUGGACUAAAAUAAAACCUGAACAAAACUACUAUAAGCUUGAAGAAAGAGGCUUUAUUAGGCAUUUACUCCUUGAAGGAAAAUAUGUGCAGGCUUUCCAGCAUUUACAGGAAACAUUCCCUGAAAUUUUGGAGGAAGAUAAAAGAGUUUCUAUGGGCAUCCACUGUCUCAAGCUUGUCGAAAUCAUCAAAGAAAAUAACAUGAACGACGCCAUUGAAUUUGUGCAGGAUAAAGAGUUUAACAAUGAUGAAAUUAUCCUUCCAGCCAUUAAUGAGGAAGGAGAUUUCACAGAAGUGAAGCCUAAGGACUUUUUUUCCCUUGUAGCGUACACUGAUCUUGAUACCUGACUUCAUAAGUAUCUCCUCAAUGACGUCCAGAGAGAAGUAAUCUCUGACAUGAUUAAUGACAUCAUAGUCUCGAGUCUUGGGGGUAAGAAGGACUCUGAGCUCCAAAGGUAUAUGAAACACUUGAAUUAUUCGCAAAUUUUUGAGAAGAUGAAUAGGAAUCAUGUAGGAGAAAUAUUCCAGUUCAAAAUUCCUAAAUAA